AUGAACAAAAAACUAACUAUCAAGUCGUUUUUGUCGGGACCAGUCGACCACCAUGCUGAUGAAACGGCUCAAGGUUCAAUAACAUGGCGAGUGGUGUUGAAAGGAAACGAGAAGUGGAGGCGACAUGGAGCAAAUAUGAUUGACGAACAUUCAAGAGACAAGAACAGAAUGAUCGGUGACACCACCCUCGAUUGGAAGAGUGAUGACAAAAAAACGGAAUAG